UGCAGACUUUCAUCCUUUCAUUUUCCGCCCGGAUCGCAGGUCUGGUUCAAACAGUAACAGGACUUUUCCUCUCUCGACUCUUUGAAGACGUUCGGUCAGCAGACACGUGAUCAGUCCGUUAGCUCGAUGGCUAAUCCGGUUCCCGGUGUCCCGGAACUCGUCGCAGAUGCUCGCCGGGUGUUCGAGCAGCUCUCCGGCGGAGAGGCGCCUCAGGCGGCGGUCUGCGCUCCAGGAAGAGUCAACCUGAUCGGCGAACACACCGACUACAACCAGGGAUUCGUUCUGCCGGUGGCUUUGCCUCUGGUGACUGUGGUGGUUGGGAGUCAAACCUCUGGCCAGGACGUCACCAUGGUGACCGUGGCGAAGGAUGCCGAUGCACCAAAAAGGGUGGAUUUUAGUUUAUCCGGUGACGGAUCACCUCUGUCUCCAGGGUCACCCAGCUGGGCGAACUAUGUGAAGGGCGUCAUUCAGCAUUACAGAGCGCCUCCUGUCCCAGGGUUUCGAGCUGUGAUUGCCAGCAGCGUCCCUUUGGGAGGAGGUCUGUCAAGCUCGGCCUCCCUGGAGGUGGCUUUCUACACCUUCCUGCAGCAGCUUAAACCAGAUGAUGACGACAAAGUGGCGAAAGCAGUUGCGUGUCAGCAGGCGGAGCACACUCAUGCCGGUGUACCGUGUGGAAUUAUGGAUCAGUUUGUAUCUGUUCUAGGCAGGGAGGCUCAUGCCUUGCUCAUUGACUGCAGGUCCCUGCAGGCCACGCCCAUUCCACUGGCAGAUGCAAAUGUGGUCAUUCUCAUCACUAACUCCAACGUCAGACACUCUCUGACAGGCAGUGAAUACCCCAUGAGACGCAGACAGUGUGAGGAGGCGGCCACCAUUUUGGGAAAACCAUCCCUCAGAGAUGCGACCAUGAAGGAGCUGGAAGAAAUGAGAGACCAGCUGGAUGACGUGACUUAUCGCCGAGCCUGUCAUGUGAUUCAAGAGAUCAAAAGAACUGUCCAAGGUGCUGAAGCCCUGAAGAGAGGCGCCUAUAAAGAGUUUGGCAAGCUGAUGGUGGAGAGUCACAACUCCCUGAGAGAUCUGUAUGAGGUGAGCUGCAGGGAGCUGGAAGAGCUCGUGACUGCAGCCUUGGAGGUGGACGGGGUGUUUGGCAGCCGGAUGACGGGCGGCGGGUUCGGCGGAUGUACCGUGACACUGCUGCAGGCCCACGCCAUUGACAAAACCAUACUCCAUAUCCAGGAGCGAUACAGUGGGACGCCAACGUUCUACGUCACCACGCCUUCCGAGGGCGCCCGAGCUCUCAGGUUAUCCUGAUGUCUGACUCGUCUGCUCCAACCUGCACAUUUCUUCCUCAGGGCAGCUGCUUAGCACCACCAAUAAUAAUCAUAAAAACAAUAAUAAUAAUGAUGGCAAAAGUUUACACAUUAAAUAAUCCAAAAAAUGCUUUUACUGCACAAUAAAACACUUUAAACUGCAGCAUUUUAAAAUACUACAUUUUAAUUUUAAAAUAUUUGUGUUCAUCCUGAAGUCUGAUUUUCAACAUUGUAGAUUCAUCGAUUUGUUUCACGGCUGCAUUUUUAUUCUUCUGAAUCUGUUAUAACUACACUGUAAACUCUUGAUUUCAAGGUAGAUUUUAAUCGUUUUCAGUUUUCAUGUUUGAUUGUUUUGACCAGAAGUGCCAAAAUAAUGUGUUCUGAUGUUGCUUUAAAGUCUUACGUGCUUGAAGAAGAAGAAGAA